GCACCACCACCCAAGCGUCGGAACAUCCGAAAAGGCACCCGCAGCUGCUGGGAGUGCAAGCGACGCAAAGCCCGCUGCACGUUUGAGAAUGCAUGUGACACAGUAUGCAUUGGCUGCAGCCGCCGGGGCUCGGCUUGCGUGAGCCAGGAGUAUCCCGAGGAGACAUCGCAGGCCCGUCAGUCCAGCGAACGGAGGCGGGAACACUUUGCAAGAAUAGGAAGAAUGGUGGUACAGAUAGUGAAAGAAGAGGCCAUGGCUGAGCCUAGUCCUGAUUUGGUGGAUGAUUGGAAGCCAGAGAAUGAAAAAAGUAUCAGUACGCUGCCACCACAUGCCGGUCUCGAUGUUCCGACUACCGAACUCAUCAAAGACUCUGAGCAACUGGUCAAAGUCACCUCUUUCGGAUCUCUUCCAACACCCAGAGACGUUGCCGGCGUCAGAAAGUCCAUGAAUCGCACAUCUGGAUACUUUAUGAAUAUCAUGAUCUUGCCUUAUAGCCAGCUCCAGCUCUACGACCUCCGCGUGGAAGUCCCAGACCUUCAUGCCCCAGAAGUACACCCAAUCCUCAAGGCCAAAAGAAUGUUGACAUUGGCAACUAAUAUUCAGAGUCUUCAACUAAAGUCUCAAAGAGUAUCGUGUCAACUGUCAGCACCGCCAGCAACACUUGUUCAACAAUUGAUCAAAGCGGCUGCAUGUGUUGGGACCAGGACAUGUCCCGCCGUCUUUGUCGAAGAGCUUGAAUGUCUCAUGCUUGAAGCUGUACUGCUCGCCAAUGGUGGUCAUCUGCAGCGCUCUUGGCUUGUCCUUCGCAGACUGGUAGCUGACGCACAGCUGAUGGGCAUUCAUCGACGCCAACAUUCGGCAAAAGGUCUCGAUCCCAACAACAAUCUUGACACUAGAUUCUUUUGGUUCCGAAUCCUGUACACAGAAAGGCUCCUAUGUUUGCUGCUUGGUCUUCCACAGGCUAGCACAGACUGCACAAUGGGCGACGAGGCAGCGUUGCUCAUGGAAGAGCAUCCUGUUGGCCGCCUUGAGCGCAUGCAUUGCGUCAUUGCCUCAAAGCUGCUCCAACGGAAUGACAUGGAGACAAACUAUGAUCAAGAGACAAGAAACAUUGACAUACAAAUACAACGAGCAGCGCAGUCGAUGCCACCGCGAUGGUGGUUGAUGCCGAACUUGGCUGGAAUCUCGGACGAUGUUCAGGGCUUUGCAGAGACGAUGAGGCUGACGAACCAGCUAUUUCACCACUUCCUGAUAAUCCAGCUUCACCUGCCAUACAUGGUUCGUCCGACCGUCAGCUCUAAGCAGAGGGAUAGCAUGACCACCUGCGUGAACUCUAGUCGCGAGGUGAUGGUGCGGUUCAUUAGCUUUCGCAGCAUUCAAAGCGUGGCAUUUUACUGCCGAGCCAUUGACUUUUUUGCCCUCCUAGCAUCGGUGACCCUUCUGCUAGCGCAUAUCGACAGUCACCAGAACAAUGAAGGAGAGAGCCUCACUCAUCAGCGGCCGAGUGACCGAGCUAUUAUCGAGCAGGCGAUGGAAUAUAUGGACGACUUCAAUAAAACCUCUCAGGAUAUUCUCUCCAAGAGAAGC